AUGGAUGGAGGCGAAAAACAGAUGCAGAUGACGCAGGCCAUCAGGGCCCAAGUGAAGCAAGGAACCUCGACUCGUCGUGGCAACGAGGCCACCAUUCGGGUCUUUUCACUUCAUGAUGGCCAGCAUCAACAGACUGAAACCACACUGACGAGGCGCGAGACAUCACAAGACAACUCCAGUGUAGAUCAGACAAGCUCUGGCUCUCCUGCGUCUGCGUCUACGCAUGUGGUAUCUCAGGAAGAUACGAAUGAGUUUCUCACCACCCUGUAUCUCGAUACUGUCUUGCCGGCUCUGUUCCCUCUGUACGAACCGGCGACUCUGUCCGGCGGUCGCUGCUGGGUACAGACGCAGUUAAAGUCAAACAAGGCAAUCUAUCACAGUGCGCUCAGUCUCAGCGCCCAUUACUUCACCCUGUUGCUAGCCAAAGAUGCGAACCACACUCUCCGCACUCCUUGCGAACAGCACGUGUGGGACACUUUGGCGAUGCACAUGGACGCGGCGAUCCACGUCAUCAAGCAAGACAUGGAUCGGUACCAUAAAGAGAGUAGCCAAUCGGAUGUAUUCUGCAAGCUCAAUGUCCUGGGCGGCGUUACGCAGUACUUGAUCUUUGCCACAGCGAUGCCCCAGGAUGCAGGUUGGAAGAUGCAUUUGUCCGCGGCCUUGACAUUGCUGGAUGAAGUGUUUCAAUCACAUGGAACGGAGAAUGGAGAAUACUACCUAGAAGAAGUUUUGCAAGCGAUGCUUAAGCCUUCGAUAUUCGAAGGCAUCCAGCUCGGCUUCCAUGUAUGGAACAAAGACCAAGCUGCCUUUCAGUUUUACACCUCGUUUCUGCUAUACGUUGAUAUCAUGGCUAGCAUUCAGUUGGGACAGCCCCCUCGGUUUCAGCACCACCACAGGGGUUUGAUGGCUGGCUGUAAAGUGCCCACGGCUCUGGAUGGCCAGCCUCGACCGGUUCUCGAAAUAGAGUCUUACGUUGGCUGCCCAGGGUGGAUUCUUACUAUUCUCGGCGAGAUCUGUACAAUGGAAAUUGCAAAGCAUUUCGCUCAGCGUGAAGGUGUGGAAUUUAUGACGGAUGCCAAAGCAGAGAAUCAUGAAUUGAUGAAGAGAAUGCGACGAGGCAUGACGGAAGUUGAUGCCACCAUCCAGUCAGAGUUUCUUACAACGCAGUUAGACACUAUAAGACUGGGUGAGCAGCAUCAAAAAACACAGGCUAAGAAACUCGCACUCAUAACGAAAGCUUGGCUGCAUGCAACCAUGAUUUAUCUGUCAGUGGUCAUUGAUGGCUGGCACCCAGGCAAUCCCUUUAAUCGCGGCAAUGUGAACUCCAUCUUGAACAUCCUGGAUAUACUCUCGCCAAACCUUUCAAUACGCAGCCUCAUGUGGCCGGUUUGCGUAUGCGGUUUCUUGGCUACACAGGAGCAAGAACAUAUCUUUCGGGAUUUAGUAUCUUCUUUGGGGCCAUUACAAGCCCUUGGGCCCGCAAGACAGGCCAUACGGCUGAUGGAAAAGGUAUGGGAGCUUCGCCAUCAAGUAGAUGAAGAGACGUGGGGAAUACACGACUGCUUCCAGCUAUCUGGAUCCGAUGUACUCUUCAUUUAA